ACCGAGGUUGAGGAGCACAACUUGAGUCGAUUCCCAUGGAGUCCUCACUUCCAGCCUCACUCGCCUCUGUUGUACAAUUGGAAUUCGAGGCUGCAAUGGGCGUGAAAUGCUGUAGUGAGGCGUGAAGUUACCUGGUCCUGGGGAUCUACAUUCUGGUUUUGGGUAUAUACAGUAGCGUGGUAGCUAUAGACCUAGCAGUGUUUGAAAGGUCAGCAGGGUCACGCGCGCCGUCAAAUUGAAUCGAGUCGCCCACUUUCAACUUCGAAGCGUGGUCUGGCCAGAAGUUGAACCUUGGGCAAACCUCCCCGCUAUACGGUACCUGGGUACUUUUACCACCCCUCACCCUCUUCGACUAUGACCAGGAUCAAUAUAAAUCUCAUCUCAUCCAAGUACUAGUACCGCACUACACGGUACUACUGGCUCUGUACCGAGAUUCGAACUGAUCGUCCUUGUUCAACCGCUCCACUCGACUGUUGAUCCUAGCCAAGGCGAAUCCUGCCAAAGGUAAGGUCCUGGAGGUGUAUUGGUACCUACUAGAUAACUACAAUAGCUACAUCGAGGUGGCACAACAUGAUCAAGUUGCAUUCCUUCUUUCUCGUGCGACCGCCUUCCUCUCAGGACAACGUUCUCAUAUAACCCACCAUCAACAUCCCUGUUGAACAGAGCGGAUGGCUCUCCUGCCAUACUUGUUCACUUUGUGUGGCGUGUGGUAAUGACAGACGAGAGUUUGCCUCAACGUGCAACAGGCUCCAAAAAGACCUAUAAUUAAGUCAAGUCAGGUUCGUCGGCUCAUACCUAUGUUUUUGAGCCCAAAUAUCCCGCAGUUCAAACAACUUGAACUCCCGACAUAACCAUGAAAUCAAACUCCAUGGCGCCAUGUCCUUGCCUUGCUUUGCAGCUUUGUCAUCUCCACAAUACCCCGUCUAUUCUUGUUCUUGUUCUUUUUGUUUUUGUUUUUAUUCUUUUUCCUCGCCGCUGUUAUGUUUCUCUCAUGCAUCCUCCUCGGCUGUGUUAGAGAACCGGGAAAUAUUACCAAAAUCCACGGCCACGGCCCCUAUUCCUGUCUCUGUCUCUGUCAUCAUCAACGAUGACAACGCUCCGUCGGCGGGGACGUGUCUCCCCACCAAUGGGACGUCGUGGAUCAUGAUCAUGCAACUCAGGAUGCGCGAGUCGAUAGUCCUUACGGGCAUGAUCCAAUGCAUCCAUUGCUGAGGGACGGGCACCGGGGCCCGUGAUGGUCAAUGGAGGAUGGAGGACAGGAUAGGAAGGCUGGACGACAACAACGUCACCGCGGUCACGAGGGCGUCUCACUGGUCCCCUUAGACGGUCUUGCUCCUCCAGCAUGAGUCGCCUCUCAACUUCAAGAAGGUCUCGCUCACGGCGUUCGAGUGAUCUUUGACGCCUUUCACGGGCCAUCUCGGCUUUGAGUCUCCUGGCUUCCUCUUCGGCCGCCGCGGCUAGUCUCUCGGCUUCACGCCGUUCUCUCCGCUCUCUUUCCAAAUCGUCAAUUAGUUGACCUACUUCGGGCUCCGGUCGACGAUGUUGGUACUGGGGUCGAGCAGGUCCGCCUGCCGCCAUCGGCGGGUCCGCGACAUGGUGUUUCCCGCUAUUACGCCGUCCUCGGGACGGCGGUCUCUCCACAUGAGGAUGUGCGUCUGGAUCGUCAUGGAUGACUCGGACUUUGCGGAUCCGGGGCGACCUCUCUUCAACAAUGUGAUCAAUGGGGUCAUCAUUGUGAUGUUUCGGCUUUGGCGGCAGCUUCGGUGGCAGUGGGGUAUAGACCUCAUUCUGCAGGUGUGGAGACAUGGUAUAAUACGGUCCUCUUGGGGGAGGAGGAGGAAGUGGUGGUGGUGGAGGAGAUGGAGAUGGGGAUGGUGCCCGAGCACGACGGCCCGAACGACGACUCCGGACAGGAGAUUCUUCGAUGAUUUCAACCUUUGGCUUUCGAAUGCGAACCAGAUUGAAAAGCUUUGCUCCGAUUGUUAACUGAGUUCAUUUCGGUGAUAUUGGUCGGACUAGACGGUAGGUACGCACCUGGGGCCUUCUUUCGAUGAUAACCGGGUCCGGUGAAGACUGACGACGUCGAUGGAACAUUCAAUCAAUGAAGGGAGGCUUUGCUGGAUCGGAAUGGAUGACCAAGAUGGCAAGCUGCUAACCAUAUAAUGUGAAGGGGUUGGAUCACAACGAAACGAUGAAGUUCGAAGUCGUGUCAAGCGGCAACAAAGGCGGGGCCGUGCCUUAUAUAGUCCACGGGUGACCUGGGAAGAGGUAUGGCUAGAUGUUCUUCGGGAACUUAUAUUCAAGUCGGCAAGAAUGAGUCAACAAGAAGUUCCGACUGAAAGAUAAAAGAAUGAAACCCAUGGCGAGCGGCGCAGGAUUCAUCCUUUGUCGGCCGGGGGUCUCAUCAUCAAGGCUGUGUGGUUCCGGUCCGCUGAUUUCUUUGCUGGUGCUGGUUUUGUCCCGUCACCCAGCCGGCCUCGACCCCAUUAAUCAGACGGGCGCGGCGGCGGUGUGUUGUAUUGUGUUCUGAGCAACGGUGUGUUGACUUCAGUCACGGGUAUCAGACAAGAAACAGAUUGGUACAAAUGGUGAUUGGACCGACCUUUGUACCCGGAUGCAAGGGCAGUUGUGGAAGAGAGGGGAGGGAUCUCUUCUUUUCGAGUCCAUGCACGGCUGAGAGAUGCAGAAUAAAACGCGCUCACAAUGGUUCAAUCGGGCUGAGCCGCCCGUGGACGUCAUUCGUCUAGAUCUAAGCAAGCGACCCAUUCUCUGUACUAUUGGUCUGCCUGAUCAGGCAGCCAGGUGAUUUGGGCCUCCUGGACCCAUGCAAGGCUGGCCGGUUGCGAAGCUCGAACCGGGGAAGUGGACAGCAAUUCGUCUAUUAGAAAAGAUUGCCGGCAGGCCCGUCGGGGGUUUCCGACGACUGAGCCUCGAACGGGGGUUUAGAUCAGGGAUCAUCUCACGUGCCCACGCAUGCAUGAUCCGGAAGCGUGGGUGGAUGUUGGAAGGGAGGUGUGGAAACGGGAAUCAGACAGGGCGCUUUACAUUACCUCGACCUCCUGACAGUCAUCGUCAUCCAAAUACAGGAACGAGUGCUUAACAAUUGUACCAGACAGAAUCGAAACCAGAAUACCAACGGUUGGCGAUUCCGGCAAGCGGCUCGGUUGACCAAUUCCAAUAGAUACCAGGUUCCCGGUAGUCGGCGGGCUGGCCGUCAUAUGGUCAACCAGCCAGCCAGCCAGUCAGUCUCUGGCACUGAUACUCACACCCAUUCCAGUGCAAUGACGGGAAACAGCGAGUGGAAAGCCAGCUGUUGCACAAUCACGGUGAUAACUGCAAGCGUUCAUUAUGUAAGACAGUGGAGCGAGCGAGUGAGCAGACACACUCUGGCAUCCCCUUAGGGUGUGCCCCCUGGCUCGGGUGCCUAGGUGGUUCUCAACUGUAUCCUUGUCGAGGGUACCAGGUUGGUAGCAGUUCGUAGAUGACUCUGCCGAAGGGGUGGUCGGCGGUCGGUGGUCGAUGAAAGGAAUUGGGCACUACAGCACUGUGCCAUGCUCUGCUCUGCCAGCUGGAGGUGGUAUGGAAGGGAGAUGGGGCCAAAGAACAGGCUGUCAGGAUCAAAUUGAUCCCAGGUUCAUCCCGCUCGAACUGUCCCUUGUCGAGCUGAUGGUGAGAUGACAAUGACGCUGCUGCUCAGGCUGAUACUGAUAAAGGUGGCUUGUGGCUGUGCACGCUAUAAAAUGCUGCUGACUUGAAAGGGGAAUGCUUUGUUUCUUUCGAGGUACACCGGUUCAAGUUCCUUCCCGUUGCCUUUCUUCCAGUUGCCUUUUUUGUUCCCCUGUUCAAGUUUCCCAGGCAAGAGCUGUGGCUGUGGCGCGGUUCUUGGAUCCCUGCUGUCAAGUUGCUGGGCAAGGCAACGUUGACUGACUGACCCCAACUUGAACUUCAACUCUCACAGUCAUCAGAUUUGAAUGUAGGUAUAUUGCCUUCU